CCACAAUUAUUUUAGAGGCAUUGGUGCUCUCAGUGUGAAUUUUGGUAAUUCAUAUUAUAACCGAAAUAAUUUAAAUAUUAGUGACUAUUUUUCUUUUUAUUUGUUCACUAAUCAUUACUAUUAUUAGAUAGACAACCAUUAUUUCAUUUAGAAAUGAAGAGUGAUUGAUUUGACUGUUGCACCGAAACAAAUUUGAAACGUUCCAGUCUGAAGUGUGUAGCUAGCUCGAUAUAACUGUCAAUCUGGGUGUAGAAAUUUAUUUGUAAUUUUCACCGGUUCUCAUGUGCAAUUUCCGAAUGUGUUAGACUAUUUUUAAACAAUUGUUUCUUACGAAAUAAUGUUAUUUAGUGUAUGUGGUGCAUAAAGCUGUGCAAAAAUGGAUGACGGUUCUGUAAAAAUCCAGUCCGGGAUCAACAUCAACAUAAAAAGAACAGAUGGACGGAUUCACUCAGCGAUAGUUUCCGGGGUAAACUUGGAAACGCGGUCAGUGACAGUAGAAUGGUACGAGCGUGGGGAGACCAAGGGCAAGGAGGUGGAGAUCGACGCUAUCCUAGCACUCAACCCAGAGCUUGCGGGUCAGCGCAAUCACACACCUCAUCUUCAGCCCAUGCCCAACAAGCUGGCGAGGGAUAUGACACGGCAAUCUAUCCCAGUUGCAACCAAAGCUCCGUCCCGGGUCACCCGAAAUAAUCAGAUGCGGUUGUCGAACGCGGGCGGCGCUUACACGAAUGGUCACGGCGGCGACACGACGGGGCGACGCGGCGCUGAGAACGUGCCGCCCCCACAGCAGCCACAGGCACCGCCUAACUCUAGGAUCACACAACAGUUCAACCCGCCGGUGUCGUCGGCGCGGCCGGCGGCGGUGUCCAGCACGGUGUCGGUGCCGCACGCCGUGGCGUCGGGCGCCGUGCGGCGCUCCAACGUCGUCAAGGAGGUGGAGCGCCUCAAGGAGAACCGGGAGAAGCGGCGGCAGAGGCAGGCGGAGCUCAAGGAGGAGAAGGAAGCCCUAAUGAACAUGGACCCCGGCAAUCCAAACUGGGAGUUCUUAGCCAUGAUACGGGAAUACCAAAAUAGUAUCGAAUUCCGACCGCUGACUGGCAACGAACCGGUUGAGGAUCAUCAGAUCACGGUCUGCGUGAGAAAGAGGCCGCUCAACAAAAAGGAGAAUGCGAAAAAGGAGGUGGACGUGAUCAGUGUACCGACAAAGGACCAGAUGAUAGUUCACGAGCCGAAAAACAAAGUGGAUCUCACCAAAUACCUCGAAAAUCAAAAAUUCCGAUUCGACUACGCCUUCGACGACUCGUGCACCAAUGAAGUUGUUUAUAAAUACACGGCCAAGCCGCUCGUGCAGACGAUCUUUGAGGGCGGCAUGGCGACUUGCUUCGCGUACGGACAGACCGGCUCAGGCAAGACGCAUACUAUGGGGGGAGACUUUCAGGGUAAGAUGCAAGACUGCAAGAAGGGUAUUUACGCGAUGGCUGCGCGCGACGUGUUCACGUACCUCAAGUCGCCCAAGUACAAGCCGCUCAACCUCAUCGUCUCCGCCUCCUUCUUCGAGAUAUACUCCGGCAAGGUUUUCGAUCUAUUAGCGGAUAAGGCGAAGCUGCGGGUGCUAGAGGACGGCAAGCAGCAGGUUCAAAUAGUGGGGCUCACCGAAAAGGUUGUCGACAAUGUGGAGGAGGUGCUCAAACUCAUUCAACACGGAAACGCCGCGAGAACAUCUGGACAGACGUCGGCGAACUCGAACUCGUCGCGCUCGCACGCCGUGUUCCAGAUCGUGGUGCGCUCGCCCGGCAUGCACCGCGUGCACGGGAAGUUCUCGCUCAUCGACCUCGCGGGCAACGAGCGCGGCGCCGACACCUCCUCCGCCAACCGCCAGACGCGCAUGGAGAGUGCAGAGAUCAACAAGUCUCUUCUAGCUCUGAAGGAGUGCAUCCGUGCGUUAGGAAUGAAGGGCAACAACCACCUGCCGUUCCGCGUGUCGAAGCUGACGCAGGUGUUGCGCGACAGUUUCAUCGGUGACAAGUCCCGCACCUGCAUGAUCGCCAUGAUCUCGCCCGCCAUGUCCUCGUGCGAGCAUUCGCUCAACACGCUGAGAUACGCCGACAGAGUGAAAGAGUUGGGCACGUCGGACUCCCGCGGGCGCGCCGAGUCCCCGCAGGCCGACGUGGAGAUGGAGCCUGCGAGCGACGACCUGGCGCAUCUGCGCUCACUCAACGAGGGCGACAUGUCGGCGGAGAUGUACACGUUCCACGAGGCCAUCGACGAGCUGCAGCGCGCGGAGGAGGAGGUGCUCGACAACCACAAGGCCAUCUCCGACUACCUGCAGCACGCGCUGCAGCGCUGCGCCGCGCUGCUGGCGCUCACCCGCGACGUGGACUACGACCAGGACGGCAUAUGGCGUCGCAUUAAGCGCCUGCGCGCCGUCCCGAGCAAUGGCCUUGGCACGCGAAGAACAAGCCGCAUGUUAGCUUACGCAACGCAAUGGGAGGAGCUCCUCAACGAGCAGCUCGCGGUGCUGGCGCAGUCGCGGGACCUCGUGGCGGAGUUCCGCGCCAAGAUGCAGCAGGAGGAGCACAUCUCGCGCCGCAUACAGCCCUCGCGCCACCACUAGCGGGCGAGCUCGUGCGGCCGCGUGCGCGCGUGCGUGCGUGUGCGCGAGCGUGCGUAGUGUCGAUGGAUCGAUCUUUGUAUUUGUUUAUUUGCCUUCGAGGUUGUAGAUGAAACUGUAAUGAGAUAGUCUGGAUACGGUUUCGUUUACGGCGAUGAUGAAACGGCUCCUCGAUUGAACGUUGUAUCCGAAGUUCCUAAUUGUAUAUAGACCGUUUGUGUGCAACGGGUUGCACUGAAUAAAAAUAUAGAUAUUUAAUUGUUUGGUUAUUUUCGAUAAAGCUAAAGAUUUUCCUUUUGAAGUUUAUGCAUCGACACUACGUACUGUGGCCUAGUUACACUGUCCAUUACCGUAGCGCAUAUUUAUUACUACAAGAAUUUAAGGCUAUGAUCCUGUGAGUACAACUGCAAAAGUGUAACUAGCAGGAUGCAUUCGCGCGUUAAAGAUAGCGAUUGAAAUUACGGCGGAUUUAAACGAGUGAAAUUUUCAGUACAGUAUUGUAACUACAUUUUUAAGACAGUGUCAUAGCUGGCCUAUCCAAGUUUCGCUUUGAUAUCAAAAAAAUCAUGACAGCGUUGUCGAAUCAAAAAUUACCACUUUUUGUAGAAAAAGCUUAGAAUACUACGAGGUAACGAGGCCGUCAGCGUUAUAAAACAUAGACAUAAAUAGUGUUGUAAGCACAAAGGCCUGUCAAACAUCACAUGGCAUUGAAGGUAUGAUGAUAAAUGCCUUAAAUGAGCUAAAAACUAAACUUGUCUCUGAAGAUGAGACUUUAUAAGACUUGAUUUCUGGCUUUGCAGCGAUAUCGAUUUCAAAUCGAUUAAUGAUCUGUUUAUUUUCAUGUCUAGGACGACCCACUGGUGCGACUACAUAUUUAAUUUAGACGUUUUUUUUUAACAUUUAGUGACUUUUCGACUUGAAUGCAUUUAACUUCGCUAAAGGCCUACUUCUUUGUUUGUAGAUAUUUUAUAUCAAAUACGAGUUAGGUGGUUAAAUUGAUGUGGUCACCUCGUUUAUCCCGGUGUUAACAUGUAUAAAUUUUUGGCAUGACAAAAUUAUUUAAGGAUUUCUAAUAGGUAUAUGAUUUAAAUUGUAUCAAAUAAAUGUAUCAGUUUUUUCAUAAUAAUAUACAAUAUCAUUCUAUUUUAACUUUUUGCGUGAUGACACCUGUCAAUUUCAGAAACUAUAUGAAACAGAUUAUAAAUAUGUGCUGAUCAGAGAUUAAAAAUUUAUUUGAAAUAUUUUUUGACAGUAAAAUUCUAAAUACUCGUACUGUUGUGAGUUAGUUUUUAAUAUGUUGGUGUGAAUAAAAUUUGUAACCAUUAUAAACGGCUAAUAAUUAUAUGACGAAUUGUAUUUUACUGAAUUUCAUAUGAAAAUUCGUUUAACUUGAUUCGUUAAGCCGGCGCCACACGUAUUUUUUUGCAAUAAUUCGUCAUUUUAAUGCAAAGAAUGUGUAUCUACCGACAUGUUACAGAAAGUUAAAAUAAUUACGGCGAAUUUUUAAGGUCGUAAAUAAAUCUCUGACUAAUAAUAUUGAAACUUUGUAAAAGACCGAACAUAAAAUAUAAUAGAUUUUUUUCAUAAAAGUUGAUAAUUUGAAUGUCCGUAGGUUAUUACCAAAAUACAUAUUUUUUUACAACAAUAUAACCUUGUAAUUUGUGCCCAGUUUUGAGAUUAUAGGAUAAUUUCUAUGCCAUUUGUGCCUGUUAUUCACUGGCUUACACGUCUUUUUUCAAUGAUAAUAGUAGUUAGUACAAAGUAAUUGUUGUUAUAUAAUGUAUUUGUUGAAUGAGUACCACUAAUUAGAAAAUCAAUUUCCAGUUCAUAUGCAUCAGGUGUCGUGUGGCGCCGGGACUAGUGUGGAAAUGACGUUUCCUUUAUUAUUAAAAUGUUAUUCGUAAAGGACAAAUGUCAACUACAUAACUAGUAUUACAUAGCUAGUAUAACAUUUAUUGAAAACAUUCAAUAUCGUACUUUUAUUUCAUAUCAUAAAAAAAUUAAGUUUAAUGUUGAAAAUCUAAGAGAACCGUUUAAUAUAACUAACUAAUUACUAAUUAUACGAGAAACAAAAAAAUCGUAAAAUAUAUUUGCUAUAAAAUAUUAUGGAUAGAUUCAACUGCCAAUGUAAAUUAAAAAGACUAAAGCCACUUCAGACUAUUGUUAGUAAAUUGAAGAUUAUGUUCUAUAAUGUUAUGUUGAGACAUGGUGAGGUAUACUGACAUUUUAUCUCUAGACAUAUUGUAAAGUAAACGUCUUCCAAGUGGUGAGAUGAGUCUCGAGUUAAGUAGCGCUGAUCCAUAGAGCCUUCAAGCUGGCGACUGAUAUAAAAUGUAAUAAUGUGACAUUCGCGAUGAGCGUGGCCGUUGCGAGCUCAGUGCACGCCUGCACCAUUUUGAUUAGUAGUGAAGAUGACGAUAAUUUAGUUAUUAGAUAGAAAUUCAUAGCGAUACCUUUACUAAGUGUUACGUAACACCGAGCGCGGGUGGAGCACGCUGGGCUCGCUGAGCUCGCUGAGCUCGCUGAGCACUUGGCUCGAUUGAUUGAUUGAUUUUACGAAUGCUUACAUUGUUAUGUACAUAUAAUGUAUUACGUUCAAAUGACAGGUCAGUCUCCUUUAAACAGAUUAGUAUUGAGUAUACCAUCGUGCCUGUUCCGUAAAUGUACAAACUAAACGACUACCAUAAAAUAUAGGAACAUUGUAUGUAUAACUUUAUUAAAUAUUUUAGAAUUAUAAUAUUUAAUUGAAUGUCUGAGCAUUGGAUAAUAUGUAUUUUAUAUAUUCUUCUGUUAUUUGCAUAUAAGUAUGUAUCUUUAUUGUUCAUUUAAUAUUUCUAUUAUACUUUAAGAAACAUUCCCUAUCUGUAUAUAAAUAUAAUUAAUAGUCCAAGUUUGAUUUCUUUCGGUUAGGACAUAACAUGUCUAGAAAUAAAAUGUCAUUGUGCUGAGUUACAAAUGACUGACACGUAACCGGUGAAAUAAAUUUCUAUACACAGAUACUCAUGUUAUGCAGGAACUCUUUGUGUAAUUAUUCAUACUCAUUUAAAAGCAUCAUCUCAUAAAAAUCGUAAAACAUUAUAUUAUAAUUUAAAAAUAGUAAAUACACUUAAAAAGACUAAUGAUUAUAGGUUUUUCAAGUCAAUACUUAUAUUUUCGUUUUUUUUUUGUAAUGCGACUUAUUUAUUAUGUUGUGAUAAUAAUUGUAAACAUAUUUGUACUUUGGAUAGCGUUCUGUUGAAUUUCUUAGCGCGUUUCUUAAAUAAAAAUUGCUUAUAAAAGAUUAUUUGAUUUUCUCGUUAUCUGUCUAAAUGUACAUACAUUAAUAAAAAAAAUCUUUACUAUCUUAAUAAAUUAUCGUUCUGAUUUUGAAAUGUCCAUAAAAUUAAAUUUUGUGACAUUUGGAUAGAUAAUGAAAAAGUUUUUUUUUUAAAUGUACUGGUGCUAGGCUACUAGAUCAUUCAAUUGUGCCUCGACGGUCAAAAUUCCUUUUAUAUUAUCUGUUGACGUCAGUUCCUAUGUUAUGACUAAGGUACAGACAAAAAAUCCUAGUAUUUCUUUGAAAAUCGUGUUCCUCGCUACUCAGAAUAUUAUGAUUAAAAUUAUCGUUCAAUAUUAAACAUAUUAUAAAAUAAAUGUUAUUGAAUAAUGCUGUACCGUCGAGGCGAAAACCUCUUACAAAGUUUAUUAGAUAGUGCUUAUUAAUAAAUAAUAAUAAAAAAAAAUCGGUACUCUGUAUCAGAGUGACUGUGUACGCCGAUGAUAAACGUAAUCUCUAAUUAAUCAUACAUAAUUUUUAAUUAUAGUGUGAUUAAUCAUUUAUGUUAUAUUUUGUAUUUAUAGCGAGUUCUUUCAGACGUGACCGUUACCAUCGGUUUCGUAUGGAAGCGCUCUAUACUGAGAUUUGUAACUUGAGUUUAAUUUGCCUUGCAAUGAAUUCGUUUUGUAUAGAAGUGUUGCGUUAAUUGAACAAGUGAGGGAUGCGAGGUGCGACGUGCGGGUCGUGCUAGUUGAAAUGCUUUAUUAUGAUAAACCUAUUUUAACAUCGCACAUUAUAAUAAAUUAAUCGAAAUUGG